AUGUUGCUGCCACUGCUGGGAGCCUGUGCUGUGGUGGGGCCAUUCCAGGGCCCUGAGUGGGAACCAGUGCAGGGCCUGCUCUCUGAGGAUCGCAGCUGCAGGGACCCUCGGUGCUGUGGCAACCUGCUUGUGCUCUGCCUCUUUCUGAUCUGGCAGGUCCAGCACUACUGGCACCAGGUCACAAGGACCCACACCAGCACGCGGAAGGUCAUCAAGGUGACACAGCAGAAGUGGACAGUGCCCUCCGUGAGACAUGACACUUGCUUCAGGAUGACCCCUGAAUUCUUCUUCAGUCCUGAUAAUUUCAACGACCUGGAUGCUCAUGUCCAACAAUGGGUACAAAAGAAGAGACAGGAAUACCGAAGGGGCCUCCAGGAAUCAUGGACCCAACACCUGCUCUCUUGGCAACACCCAUUUCAGGGCCCACCUCGGGAUUUCCAAACACCUGUUGAGCCCUUCUUUUGCACCACCUCCCUUUCAAGCACCUGUAUGAUCCCCCAGGACAGUUCUCGGGAAGCAUGGCAGGUAACCUGGUGUCUCAGUGAUGAGCAGACUCACCUGAUUUGCAAGUCACUAUUCCCUGCCCUGGACCGGUACCAAAGGAUGGAGCAGCUGCUGGUCCACUCCCAGGAAGAGUUGGUGCCACUGGAGCCUGUUGUCAGCCUGAGAUCUCACCUCACAUCCAGGAUUUUAGCUACCUCUCUCUCAAAUCUCCCUUCAUCUCAGAGGCUACAGUUCUGCUCCAGAGACUUCUUACCUGAUCCUUCCAUCCAACAACAAGGUUGA